AUGUAUAUCUUUCCAUCUAGUGUCAGUGCAUACCUUAUACAAAGAGGCUGGCAGAGAAUUUAUGACAAAAACAGAGAUGAUUACAAGCUGCGAUGGUGCGAGACCAAAUCAAUGACCGCCUAUAACAGUUUUAAAGAAGGUGAACAACUUAUUUACCAGAUUCCUAACAACAAGGUCCUGACUACCAAAAUCGGCCUGCUCAACAGCUUAAGGGAAUAUGAAAGGGUCAUUAACAAAGUUAGAACAGGAAAAGCUACAAAGUUGUUAAAACUAGAAGAUUUUUUCCCAGAAACAUACCGUAUGGAUAUUAAAGAGGAAAGACAGUAUUUCUUUGCAAUUUACAAAGAAAAGCAGCUUUGGAUUUGCAAACCUACUGGUUUAAACCAGGGCCGUGGUAUUUUCCUUCUGAAAAGUCCUGAAGAUGUGGCAGCUUUCCGUGCCAACUUACAAAGCAUCGACGAUAAUCCGCUUUACAAGAAACAGCCAUUCAGAUCACCUCAGGCCAGAGUAAUGCAAAGGUACAUUCACAAUCCCCUACUUUUGGAAGGAAAGAAGUUUGAUGUCCGUUCCUAUUUCCUUAUUGCCAGCACAAUACCAUAUAUCUUACUCUUUCGUCAUGGCUACAUCAGACUUACUUGCAAUGUUUAUGACCCACGUUCUGAUGAUCUCACUGCACAUCUGACCAAUCAGUACAUGCAGAAGAGGAACCCCUUGUAUAAUGAGGUAAAGGAAGAGACAGUUUGGUCCAUGGAGCGCUUCAACGAAUACAUUAAUGAGAAGUUUACAGCAGCCAAGAAUCUCCCCAAGGACUGGGUCUUCACUGUUUUUACGAAACGGAUGCAGCAGAUUAUGAUGCAAUGUUUUCUGGCCGUAAAAUCAAAGCUUGAUUGCAAACUGGGUUACUUUGAUCUCAUUGGCUGUGAUUUCCUAAUUGAUGAAGAUUUUAAGGUUUGGUUUCUGGAAAUGAACUGUAAUCCUGCAUUGCAUACAAACUGUGAUGUUCUAAAAGAGGUCAUCCCCACUGUUGUUAAUGAAACCCUUGACCUUACUCUGGAGAUUUUUAACAAAAGUCGUAAAGGUAUGAAAAUUACGCCACUGCAGUCACUCUCCAGUUUUGUCAUUUUGCAUAAUGGUGACCCGACUGAGCAAACUGAAAAGCCUCUUCGAUCCAGAACACCAGCUGUGAAGAGCCCGCAGAAGAUGCAAAGGUGCAAAAGUGCUACUCAACAAGCUCAUGUCUCUUCAAAGGUAGCUGAAAAAAUCCUGAAAACCAUGUCUCCUACAGAAUACCCAAGAACUGGAGCUUUACCUGUUAGUUCUUCUUCGGUGCCCAAACUUUCUGAGAGAGCGGUGUUAUCCAUGACUCAGAGGCAUGUGUCUCUAGGGCAGAAUCUACCUGUGCCAUAUACUGUAAAACUUAAGGUAAAAAAUGAUCUCCCAUUUAGUGGAAGAUCAGCAAGGCAAAGCACGGAUGAAACUGUUUUUGCAGAGCAUAAUCCAGACUCAGGUUUAUCUAUGCCCAAAACAAUGACUACAAUGUCUAUGCCAGUCCUAAAUGAAAAAUCUUAUCUGAGUCCCCGUCCUCAAAGAACUGCUGGAUACAGAACUCAGUCCACAGGAAAUGCCAGUUUAAACACAUACUUCAUAAACAGUCCCCAUAUCAAACCUUUACAACUUCAGACAAGAACAAGCGAUCAGAGAAUGAAAAGUUAUAAGGCGAAUGAAUCAACUUACAAUAGCAGAGAUUCACUGUGUGAGGAAACAGAGGCCUGCAUUUCAAACUCUGAAAAGGGACAAUCAGCGGUGACAGCUAAAGUUGAGAAAAAUGUUUCAUUUGCUGAGGAAAGCUUAAAGCUGUCUGAUUAUGAACAGCAGCACAAAACUCUUCCAUCUGAUCGAGGUGCUUAAUAAUACAGAUAUCAGUGAAAAAACUGUUAAUCUUUAUUUAAUAGUGCUAUUUUUCAGUUAUUGCAAAUGCUACAUAACAAAGUGAAUUAAAAAAUAAGUAAAAUCAGUAGUUUUUUGGAAACCAAUUAGUACUUUUAAUUCAUCCAGCUGUUCUUUUACUCUAAUGCUGUUGAAGUGGAAAAUAUUUAUACCCAAAACGCGGACAUUUACAAAACAAAAUCAUUGUAUUUUUUUCCCAUUUCACAUGCUUUAUGUUAUGAUUCAUAGUUUUUGGGGAUAAAACUUUCUGCCACACAUUGUUAUGCAGUUUGCAUUAUAAACAGAAUAUGAUAUUCAUUUUUAGAGUGCUUGCGUUUACAUUUCAGUUUUAGGACUUUGUCAUGGUUACAGUUAAAGUAUGAGUUAACCUCAAAUCGCAAGAACAUGAGAAAAAACAGAAAUGAGACCAAUGCUCAUCACAGAAAUGUUGCAACACUGCUCUUAGAGGCAAUCAAGUAAACACAAUACAAAAUGUUAGUCAGUUAAGCGUAGAAAACCCCUGGUGAUAUCAAAGCAACAGAACUUUCAUGCUUGGUUAUUUGUCUGUCUGAUAUUCUCAGGAUGGCUAUA